AUGGAGACUGUCCCCGAAAGCGAGGAAAUGGCCCAGCCUUUCUGCAUUGGCCAGCAUGAAACAAACCGGUUGGCACCUGUGACUCUUCGCUCAGUUCAAUGUGCCCAUGCAAGCAAUUAUGACAUGCUGACAGCCUCCAUAACAACAUCUCAAUUCCAUUCUCGGGUCCUUUCUCUGCUUUCGUCCCAUUUGUCUUCAUUAGGCCCACCUGCUCGUGAUGCAGUUGGAACUUAUCAUACUUCUCGCAAUACGAAAAUUCUCACUUUGCCCCCUCUGUCGGCUGUGGACACGUCUCUCACUCCGGAUGAAUCAACUAGCCAGGUGGUAGGAAUCACCAGCUCUUGGAUUGACAUAUGUUCUCCAGACCCUCUAAUUGCAGACGUUUCUCGUCAAGUACUGAUGCUAGAGGUUGCAUAUGCCGCGUUUUGUGGUAUUAACUACUUGGUCAUUCCGGGUCCUAGGCUGCAUCACGGGGCGAUUCACUCCGAAGGCUUGAUGUAUUACUCCCGGGCAGUGCAAGAAGCCUUGAGCCUUGCUCCUUACAUUCAGAUUCACAUAUGGAUGAAAAUGGUGGAUAAUCCAGAGGCGGAGGUCAUUGCAAUGGGCGAACUUGCCCCCUUUGCAAGGGAAGAGUUCUUAGCCCCUGAUGGUGAUAUUUCCACAAAGAUCGAUCUUUUUGGAACUUGGGAUGCUUGGGAAAUAAUUAGGACUACCUGCAAAUACCACUCGAGACUCCUUAUUGCUCUGGCUCUUCCGAAACAGCUUCCACCGAUACAGGUUCAAACUAGAUGGUUUUCAGAGCCUGUCCACCUUCUGACUAUUGAAGGCGCAUCGUUUAUCAAGAAUCAAAAAGGGUAUCCGGUGCUUUCUAGGGCUCACCAAGCAUUGAUCUCUAGGUUCAUGCGUUUGCGCACACCUCCUUGGAUUCUUCUUUGUGAUGUUGGCCCCGUCCCUGGUUUGGAAGAUGAUGACGAACUUCCGACUGGCGAUUCUUCAACAGAUAAAUCGAACUUUCCCACUAUUACGCAGGCAAUGAGUCAAGGCAAGAAAAACCAAGAUCCCACUCCCCACCUGUCAUACAUUAGAAACCUUCAACAACGGCAGCCUCCUCGAACUCCUAUCGAACGGUUCGGCACUGGAUACCAAGAUUACCUACAAGCGCCGUUGCAACCAUUGACUGUCAACUUAGAGAGUAUCACCUAUGAAGUGUUUGAAAAGGAUCCAAUCAAAUAUGCCUGGUAUGAACGAGCAGUUGCCAAGGCGCUGAAUGAUUGGAUGGAACAGAAGAAGCCUACAUCGAGCCCAGACGGCAAAGUUGUCGUCGCUGUGGUGGGAGCUGGACGGGGUCCUUUGGUAACGCGUGCCCUGCGCGCAAGUGCAGAGACAGGUGUCAAAAUUGAGAUGUGGGUGGUCGAGAAAAAUCCAAACGCUUUUGUCCUGCUCCAACGUCACAAUGAAACUAUCUGGAAUGGUGCCGUCAACCUGGUCAAAUCAGACAUGCGCAGCUGGAAGGGCCCCCGUAGGGAGAUACAGCCUCUGCAGUCACAAGUCCCAGUUGGAGAAACGCUGGGCCUCGAUAACUCGCUACUCUCAGCAAGUACAGGGCAAGAUGAUGUUCCCGGUGAAAUGAAGCAUACGCCUGUUGACAUUAUCAUUUCUGAAUUGUUGGGUUCCUUCGGAGACAACGAGCUUUCUCCAGAGUGCUUGGACGGUGUUACGCACUUGUUAAAUCCUGUGCAUGGGAUCUCAAUCCCGGCGUCUUAUUCAGCACAUCUGACACCUAUUGCCGCACCGAAGCUACAUGCAGACAUAUCUUCUCAAAAGAUAUCCAACCCUGCUGCUCCAGAAACUCCUUAUGUGGUUAUGUUGCAUGCAAUAGACUAUCUUUCAACAGCACCGGCUUCAGCAUCAACAAGUCCACAUGGCCAUCUGAGCAGCAGCAUAGGCAGUAACAGUGGAGCUGGUGCAAGGGGAUCGACUUCAACACCGCCACCCGUUUUCGAACCACCCAGCCCUAUCGUACACACUGCCUGGUCAUUUUCCCAUCACAACCCCAACAUUCUCGUUCAGUCUACUUCUUCGUCGACGAUAGCCAACGAGCAUAAUGCGCGCCAAACUCGCCUCUCCUUCCCUUGUCAAAACCGGGGAUUUUGCCAUGGAUUGGGCGGUUACUUUGAAACCGUGCUAUAUGGUGAUGUUGAACUGUCUACGAACCCAGUGACAAUGGAAAAUAAAAGUGAUGGAAUGAUCAGCUGGUUCCCGAUAUUUUUCCCAUUGAAGACACCUCUAUUCGUCCCGGACAAUGGCGAAGUGGUUGUUACCAUGCUCCGUCAAACAGAUAACCGGAAAGUAUGGUAUGAGUGGAUGGUAGAAGUCUUCCGGCUAGAGCGCGUAUCCAAUUUCGCGGGCGUGUCUAGUCCUCACCGCAGCACCACUCCUGUAAUGAGUGGUGCUAGAGUUGACUCUCCAGGACCGGGAAAACUUGAGAGAAAGGACAGUUACUACAACAAUAAUAACAGUAAUGGGUAUCGCCGGAUUCGAGUCGGAAUAAGUGAGAUGCAUUCAAGUAUAAAGGAAGGAUGCUUGAUGUAA